AUGGCCGGCCGGCUGCAGGAGGAGGUCACCUGCCCCAUCUGCUCUGACAUCCUGAAGGAGCCUGUCACCAUCGACUGCGGGCAUAACUUCUGCUCCCUCUGCAUCUCUCGAGUUGAGGGGAGGGCAGACAUUUUCCAAUGUCCCCUCUGCAAGGCUUCCGUGAGGAGGAGAACGUUCAAUACCAACUGGCUGUUGGUGAGUUUGGUGGAGAAAAUCCAAGCUAUGGAUGCGACCCCACCAGAAGAGGCGGAGCCGAGGUGUCAGAGGCACAGGAAGAAGAGCCCGGUGACUCUGGACCCGGCCUCAGCCCACCCAGACCUCAUCCUUUCCCAGGAUCUGAAGACAGUGACGCUGUACUUGGUAUCCAGGGGUGAUUCCGAGGAGCCCGAGGAUCAGCAACGCUUCUACCCUUUCCAGUGCGUGCUGGGCUCGCCCGGGCUCUCUGCGGGCAGUCGGGCCUGGGAGGUGGAGCUCGAAGGGCCCGAGGUCAAGGCCGGCAAGAGAGAGGGCACCUGCGAGGUGGGCGUGGCCUCGGAGCUGGCGCCCCGGCGGGGCUGUCUGCAGGUGAUGCCCCUGUCCGGCUUCUGGGCGCUCCGCAUCACCGGUUCGGGGUGCCAGCCGCUCACCGACAGCUUUCCCCGGGAGACACUCCAGGUCUGUCCCAGGAAAGUGGGCGUCUACGUGGACCAUGACUUCGGGGAGGUCGUCUUCUUUGACGCGGCCACCAACAAUCACAUCUACACCUUCCGGGCAUCUUUCUCUGGGCAGGUCUUCCCCUUUAUCCGGAUCCUGGUCCCAGGCACCCAGAUCACCCUGAGCCCCUAG